AUAACUCCGUCAAAGGUCUCAUUUAAGUUGUCGUGUUCUCGCAUAAUUCUUCUUCUUCUUCUUCAAGAUGUUGAGACUCGAGUUUCUGAGACACAAGGAAGAGCUUUUGAAAUCCCUUCUGUUUACUGUUGAAUUCGAACUCCGGACUUCUUGGCUUUACGUCGGAUCUUGUCGCUAAAAUCUUCUUCUUUUUCCUUUCAUGGUUUUCGCGAUAAAAGUUCGCCUUUUUCAAGUCGCCUCCAGAAGUUAAGGGAAGCAUGAAUUCAACAUCGACACAUUUCGUGCCACCGAGAAGAGUUGGGAUAUACGAGCCUCUACAUCAAAUUGGUAUGUGGGGGGAAACUUUCAAGAGCAAUAUUGGCAAUGGAAAUAUGAACACUCCAAGCCACAUUAUAAUACCGAAUCAUCAGAAACUAGACAACAACUUGUCAGAGGAUACUUCACAUGGAACAGCAGGAACUCCUCACAUGUUUGAUCAAGAAGCUUCCACGUCCAGACAUCCUGAUAAGAUACAGAGACGGCUUGCGCAAAACCGCGAGGCUGCUAGGAAAAGUCGCUUGCGAAAGAAGGCUUACGUUCAGCAGCUGGAAACAAGCCGGUUGAAGCUAAUACAAUUAGAGCAAGAACUCGAUCGUGCUAGACAACAGGGAUUCUACGUUGGGAAUGGUAUAGAUACUAACCCUCUCGGUUUCUCGGAAACCAUGAAUCCAGGGAUUGCUGCAUUUGAGAUGGAAUACGGACAUUGGGUUGAAGAACAGAACAGACAGAUAUGCGAACUAAGAACGGCUUUGCACGGACAUGUUAGCGAUGCCGAGCUUCGUUUGCUGGUCGAAACCGCCAUGAAACAUUACUUUGAGCUUUUCCGGAUGAAAUCAGCCGCCGCAAAAUCCGAUGUCUUCUUCGUCAUGUCAGGGAUGUGGAAAACUUCUGCAGAACGUUUUUUCUUGUGGAUUGGCGGAUUUCGACCCUCUGAUCUUCUCAAGGUUCUUUUGCCACAUUUUGAUAUACUGACGGAUCAACAGAUUCUAGAUGUAUGCAAUCUUAGACAAUCGUGUCAGCAAGCGGAAGAUGCGCUUUCUCAAGGUAUGGAGAAGCUGCAACACACGCUUGCUGAUUGCGUUGCUGCGGGACAACUCGGCGAAGGAAGUUACAUUCCUCAGGUUAAUUCUGCAAUGGAGAGACUAGAAGCUUUGGUCAGUUUUGUAAACCAGGCUGAUCAUUUGAGACAUGAGACAUUGCUACAAAUGCAUCGGAUCUUGACCACGCGACAAGCGGCUCGAGGUUUAUUGGCUCUUGGUGAGUAUUUUCAACGGCUUAGAGCCUUGAGCUCGAGCUGGGCAACUAGACAUCGUGAACCAACAUAGAUUUUGAGUUUUUUGUGAAACCAAACAAACUAGUAUCAAGAAUGAAGAUGAGUGCAUCUUGAAAACAGAGGACUUUACUCGGAAUAAAAUGUGGGGGGGGGGGGGGUUUGCUGCUGAUGAUUAUUUUUUAUUCUGCGGCGGAAUCAGGAAAUUUAAGAAACAUGUACUGAUAAGUUGUAAAUAUCAAAAAAUAUGGAGGCGGCGUUCGUUUUCCGGGUGCAAAAAUUUGUACUUUGUAGCUUUUAAAGAGACAAGUUUUUCGGA